AUGGCAGAGGGGCUCCUGUGUGUCAAGCGCCUUGCUUUCAAAGGCAGGGGGAUUCAGAACGGCGAGAUCGGUCUUACGCCUUGUGAUACUGUAUUUGUGGAAAAAUCCAGGCUGUUCUUCGUUGUCACUAGCGUCUUUUCUUACCCGCUCUUUGAGGUCUACAGCCAUGAAAUCCAUGUAGCAUUACAUGAUGCAUUAAACAAUGAGAAGAGCAUUUGUCAUGUACAGUUAGUAGUACAGCUUUCUCCACAGGGAAGUAUCAAGCAAGAGCACAUCAACGUUGCUCCUUCUACAGAAUCUUUUCCUAACUGGAGAUCUAUACUAUCACCAACACGGCCUUUUACAGAAACUAAGACUUCCUCAGUAGCUGACAUUUCUGUUGGAAAGACUUUAGAGAAUGCAAACUUGCUUCAGAUGAUCAGAACAACACUGACUGGCACACGUGCCAGAACUAUGGAUCAAACUAAUCUUUCACCCACUCUUUAUCAAGGCAGUGGAAAUAGUGCAUCACAGGAACCUGCUGAAGUUUCAGCUGAUUCACCUCUGAGGUCAUCAUCUCAAGAUGCAGAUGAACCAGCUGCUGUAUCAGGUUUGCCUCAACUCGUGUUAUCUGGAGUGUCUUCUGGUGCAAUACCUACAGUAGAAACUUCAGAAGCAAAACAAAUAACAAGAAAAUCAUCUCCAACUUCACUAGUGCCAACUUCUUCCUUCUUUUCUCUAGGCACUGAAAACACACCUUUGCCAUCUGUGAUGGCUUUAAGCACACCAAUACUGUCGCUGACAAAAUAUAACACCACCACAAAAUUGACAUCAAUUCUAAGCUCAGUAGGAGCACACACAGAUUUUCCUUUUGCAACAAAAAACACAACUGUAUCACCCGUGGAGAUGACAGCUAUACUUGCACCUCCUAAAAGUAGCACAGUCACAGCUUCCACACUUACAUCCACAGUACAUGCACCAAGGCAGAUAAAAACAACCAUAGCUGACACCCAGAAAUUCCCAAACUCAGAAAUCACCAAAACGUCAACCCCCUAUCCGCUGACAAUUACAGCAGCUUUGACAUCUAUUACAGCAUCAGCGAAAACAACUAGGCUUCCCCCUACUCCACUGGAAAGCACUUCUGCUCUUCCUGAAACAGCAGCAGCACCUUUGGCGAGUGUGACAGCAGCUCCUCUUCUGGAAUGCCACCUCUCCAGGAACCAGAUGCUUAAAACAGUUCUGCUUCUGAAUACAAGAAGGUUACUGAUCAGCAAUUCCUUCAAGGAGAGUGUGACAGAAGGAUUGAACCAAAUGUUGAGACAAGCCUUCAACCAAAAUGCCAGCGCUCAGAUUGAAAUCCUGGAACAAUCAAAUAACAUAACAAUUGGUUACUAUGUUACACGGGAAAGGCUGGUUUUCAUGCCAGCUGCGGUAAUUGAAAGGCUUAUUGCUUAUGGUAUUAGCAAUGCCACGGCAGACAUAAAGCAGCAUGUACCAAACCUUCAGUAUGUUGCUGUCCUGGCCUUGCCAUGGAAUCCCCUACCUGCAUACCACUUCCAGCUGAAAACAGAGCUGCAGUUUGUGGGUCAAACCGACAAUAUACAGUCAUGCAAAUUUGUUCAGACCAUGGAGCAACGAUUACAGAAAGCAUUUCAGGAUGCUGAAAGAAAGGUCUUAAAUACCAGCAGCAACUUAACAGUUCAGAUUUUGAAUACCUCCAAUGUCUCCCAAGCUGUCACUCUGUUUUAUGUAGUCAGCAAUCAAAGUACAACUCUAAAUGGCACCAUUUCCAGCAACCUUCUUAAUCAGCUGUCAGCUGAACUAGUGGGAUUCUAUCUAACCUACCCUCCUCUCACCAUUGCAGAAUCUCUGGAGUAUCCAAACCUUGAUGUCUCAGAGUCAACUAGAGACUACUGGGUGAUUACAGUUAUACAAGGGGUAGAUAUUACAUUACUGGGACUGAACAAUCAGAGCUUCGCAAGAUUAAUGGAGCAGCGUUUGGCCCCACUCUUUAUGAUGUCCCAUCAACAAGGAAGAAGAUUUAAACGUGCCACUACUGUGGGCAGCUACACUGUGCAGAUGGUAAAAAUCCAGCGUAUUCCAGGACCCAAAGAGCCGGCUGAACUGACAUACUAUGCUUUAUACAAUGGGAAACCUUUGCUGGGUACUGCAGCUGCCAAAAUUUUGAGUACUGUUGACUCACAGCGCAUGGCCUUGACACUAGGUUAUGUUAUUCAAGUUCAAGCUGAUCCUGUUGUGAAAAACCCACCGAACAACCUGUGGAUCAUUGCUGCAGUGCUUGCUCCCAUUGCUGUGGUUACAGUUAUCAUCAUUAUCAUUACGGCAGUUCUGUGCAGAAAAAACAAGAGUGACUUCAAACCAGAUACCAUGAUGAACCUGCCUCAGAGAGCUAAACCAGUGCAAGGCUUUGACUAUGCCAAGCAACAUUUAGGUCAGCAAGGAGCUGAAGAUGAGGUUUUACCUGUAACUCAAGAAACUGUCGUACUUCCACUUCCAGUUAGAGAUGCUCCUGCCUCCCAGGAGAGAGAAAUCACUCAGGAUGGGAGCACCAUUAAAACUGCCAAAUCCAAUGAGACAAGGAAAAGCAGGUCACCUAGCCAGAACGGCUCCGUCAUCACCACCGAAUCGGGAAAGCCCAGCUCUGGACGAAGCUCCCCGCAGAAAGUAAUGGCACAGCAAAAAGUGACAAAAGAUGAUGGAAGAAAAAGAAAUGGUUUAAAAUCUUCAAAGAAAAUAGUGCCCGUAAGUGAUGAGGAGGAAGGAGGUAUUCUCUUUGAUAACAUUGCCAAAUCUGCUAUUGAUCGCUUCGACACCUCUUCUGGAUCUGUACAGCUGAUAGCUAUCAAACCUGUGGCACUACCUGCUGUUCAUGCUGCAUCAGACAGAAGCCAGGAAUCUGCCAUCAUUAAUGGAGAGGUGAACAAAGCUUUGAAGCAGAAGUCUGAUAUAGAACAUUACCGCAACAAGCUGCGCUUGAAAGCCAAGAGGAAGGGAUACUAUGAUUUCCCCCAGGGUGAUAACAACAAGGGGCUGACAGAGAGAAAAAGGAUGUAUGAAAAACCCCCAAAAGAAAUGGACCACAUUUUGGAUCCAGAUACAGAUAUAUCAUCUCCAUUUGCUGAACCCAAAAGCAGGCAACAGAUGAAGAACUCUGUGUACAGAAGCAGGCAGUCUUUGAACAGCCCUAGCCCAGGAGAAACCGAAAUGGAUCUUCUGGUCACCCGAGAAAGACCUAGACGUGGAAUCCGUAACAGUGGAUAUGAUACUGAGCCUGAAAUUAUAGAAGAAACAAAUGUUGACCGUAUCAAUGAGCCUCGAGGUUAUAUCAGGUCCCGUCAAGCUAAAGGCCACUCAGAGACCUCUACUUUAAGUUCUCAGCCUUCAAUAGAUGAAGUUCGACAACAGAUGCAUAUGCUCUUAGAAGAGGCUUUCAGUCUGGCCUCUGCCGGCCAUGGAGGGCAGAACAGACAAGACGCUUACAGUUCAACAGCGCACUUACCAUACUCGGAGGUGGUGACAAGUGCUCCUGGUACCAUGACCCGACCUAGAGGAGGUGUACAGUGGGUACCAACAUACAGACCAGAAAUGUAUCAGUACAGUUUACCAAGACCAGCUUACAGAUUUUCUCAGCUUCCUGAGAUGGUAAUGGGUUCUCCUCCACCCCCUGUCCCUCCCAGAACAGGUCCUGUGGCUGUUGCCUCUCUCAGGAGGUCUACAUCGGAUAUUGGCAGCAAAAUGAGAAUACCUGAACCCAGUGGGGUAGAUCAGGCCCAGCAUCAUGAUCAGGCAUCUUUUGCCCCUGGUUCAAGAGCUCCAGUGUCUGUUGGUCCACUUGAUCAGCCAGCUUUUCACUCAGGAAAUACAGUACCAGCAGUAUUUGCCAUCCCAGCAGCAAACCGACCUGGCUUCACAGGCUAUUUUAUCCCAACACCACCCACUGCAUACAGGAACCAAGCCUGGAUGCCCUAUGCUGGAGAGAAUGAGUUACAAGGGCAAUGGGCAGACUCGGUUCCACUUCCUGGAUACAUAGAGGCUUAUCCAAGGCCCCGCUACCAGCAUAAUUCACCUUCACGUCUGCCUCGCCAGUACAGCCAGUCAGCCAGCAUGCACCCUAGCCUGGAACAAGCUCCUUUGCCGUCUACUGCAGCUUCUCAGCAGAGCUUAACGGAAAAUGACCCUUCUGAUGCUCCUCUCACCAACAUUUCUACAGCUGCUCUAGUAAAGGCAAUAAGAGAGGAAGUUGCUAAACUGGCCAAAAAGCAAACAGAUAUGUUUGAGUUCCAGGUCUAA